AUGCCUAAACGGCGAGGUAGUCUAAGGCGUGAAAUUUCUCGAAAUGCCGUCGCUAAACGAUGGAUGAGUGAAAAAACAUCUGCAUGGCAAGGAGAGAUAUUCGAGAAAGACCUCGAAAAGAAAAUCGGCAUAAAAGCUAUGCAAGAAGAGAACGAUGAUGGUGAAGACAUGAUGGCGAUGGUGAAAAUAGAUCUGAAAACUAUUGGCGAUCUAUUUAACUUGUGCAAAAAGGAAUGUGGAUCGCGAAAAUUGUCUGUAUUGCUUUAUAUGCUUAUGAGAAAAUUAGGUCAUUCGUGGCGUUCUACGGAUCAAAUCCUUGAUAGUAUUGGGGCAUAUCGUUGUCAAGCGGCAAACAAAUGGGCAGAUAUGUUCUUGAUGGGAGAUUUCGAGAUAUUUGCUCAUGAUGGUCGAGGUGGAAAGCAUUCAGAUUCAUUUUAUGAUGUUUUUCCAGAAUUGGAGUCCGUAGGAAGAGCGUUUGUCGUUGAUGCCUGUUCUCGUAAAGAAGCUGACUUUACUGCGACAGAUUUAGCCAAAUUUAUUGAUACCAAAUACUAUGAACUCACUCAAACAGUGAAAAACGAUGACAAAUCGAUUCGAUCAUAUGAAGCUUGUCGUAUUGAUUUAAGACGAUGGGGAGCAAAAUUUCAAGCAAACAGUCAAAGACCAUAUUUUGAAGGUCACGAAAGGAACGAUGUAGUUGCACAUCGAGAGAAAUUCAUUUCCUAUUUUCUGAACCGAACAGACAAUUAUUAUACGAUAUCAGAUGGAGAAAAUCCGAUUUGGCAGAUGCCGUCUGGAAAACCAUGUAUUAUCAUCUACCAUGAUGAAUCAACUUUUCGAAGCGGUGAUAUAUCACCAAAACGAUGGACGAUUGACGAAAGUACACCUUUCUUCAGCAAAGGUCGAGGUCGAAGUCAUAUGGUGUCAGAUUUUCUAGUUUCUCACCCAUCUGGACCAUUUUUUUCUUUAUCUUCAAUAGAGUUUGAAGAGGCAAAGAUAAAAUAUCCGAGUCUUUUACUGGGCAUUGAUUCGAAGUAUGUUGGUUAUUCAGCUAUUGCUGGAAUCAACGUCGGCGAGCAUGCCUACUUUGACAACGAGGCAAUUAUCGAACAAUUCGAAAGAUUAUUUCAGAUGCUUCAAUUCAAAGUUGCUUUCCAGGGACAUGAAAUCGAGAUUGUUGUAGAUAAUGCAAGAACACAUUCGGCGAAAGAGUAUUCACUGAACGACUUCGGAAAAGGAAUCGGAACUCGAUGUCCAGUAAAUACAAUAGAAUAUGUUAAUAAUCAAGGAGAAAAUAUUAAAAUUUCGUGCUAUUUUUCGAAAGGACUACAUAAAGGCAAGUCUAAUGGAUUGUUGUUGUUAGCAAAGGAGAUGAAAUUUAUUGUUGAUGACUCAAUCAAGUUAGAAGAUCUAAAAUUGAUGUUAUCUAGCCAUUUGGCGUUUCAAAACGCUACCAAACUUGAAAAGCUCGCUUUGAAAUAUCAUGUAAAAAUUAUCUUUACUCCUAAGUUCCAUUGUGAACUGAAUCCGAUAGAAGGUCUCUGGUGUCACAUGAAGCAAUACGUUCGCAAGAAGAAUGAUCAAACAUUUUCCACCAUGCUCAAGCUUAUUCCAGAUUCAAGGACGAAUUUUUCUCAAAAGCAAAUCCAACUCAAGCUAAUUCGAAGAUUUUGGAAGGCUCUAUAAAGGGUGGUCCAGAAGUCCUGACUCGAUUUGUAUAAUGAAUUUUUCAUUGUUAAAGAAUAUGUUUAAAAAUUUGUCUCUAUGGUAAAAAGAUACAGCAAAAGAUGCUCUACAAAACUGCCUAUGAUCAACACCACCCAAUUCAUCCAGUAAGAAAAUUAUUUGUUUAGAAAUACAUAUUAAAAAAACGUGCUAAUUAAUUGGUGAUAUUCAUCUUAUACAGCAGAUGAAUUUUGAAUCAUUAC